AUGUUUUGGAAUAAAAUGGAUAACUCUUUUGUGGAAGAAGUGGCUGCAUCUUUGGUUAGAGAAUUUCUCAGCAGAAAGGGUUUAAAAAAGACAAGUGCCAUUAUGGACAGAGAAUUUCCACGUACUGCACUUAGCAUCAACAAUAGAAAUGAACUGCGAAAUGUUUUGCAUCUACAAUCUUUGUACAAACAAAACAAGGCAAAGGAGAAUCCACUGAAAACAAUUCUUGAAGUUAUCACCAACUAUUUUCUUGAACAUUUUGGGACCACCAGAUGCAUCACAAGUCCUGCAGCUUCAGUUCUACAAGCUAAGAGCUCACAGUCUAGGUGUAUAGAAACAUCAUCAGUUAAUGACUACUCAGAUGAAGACAUGCUUGGCAGAACAACAGUGUCUGAUGCAAGUAAAACUGAGGUUUACAGAUAUGACAUUGAUGUUCCACUAGAUAAAGUCAUUCCAUCGAAGAGACAUCAACAUAAAAGUGAGAAAUCCAAGACUGUGGUAGUACCCAAUAGUGGUUCAUCCUCUGAAGGAGAUAAAAAGUCAAAAAAUAGCAGAGAUGAUUUGAAAAUAACAGAAACUUCUGAGGAGAUGAAGACCACAAUGAGAGAGAAGCAAAGGUCCAGGUCUGGUCUCAUUGUCAGAGGAAUGAUGGCUGGGCCCACUGCAAGUUCACAAGAGGAUUCAGUAAAAAGGAGGCUUCUGAAACGAUCCUCUGGCAUAAAUAGCAUAAUGCAAUUCAAUGAGGAAGAUCAUCAGAAAAAUUCUUCAGCGGUGCCAACUAGUGAUUUUCAAGAGAUUAAAGGAACUUCCACAGAGUCCAUGAGUUACCUUUCAUCACAUAAUACCAGUAGUCUGAAAGUAGAUAUGGAAUUUUCAUCAAAGAUUUCAUCAAACUCAUAUACAACUUCAGUCAGUGAGAAGCUAAGACAUACGUCCAAAGACACAGCUGAUCCACUUGCCAAACUCUUAUCAGAAAGAGAAAGAACCAAAGUUGAAGAAAGGAAAUCAAUGGCAAGCUUUGAUAUAGACACCAGUGAAAAAACCCUCAAAUUAAGUGUUCUUCACAGACAUUCAGAAGCUGGAAGAGAAAAGAGAGAAAGAUCUCCCAAAAACAAUGAGAAUCGGUUAUCAGGCCGCAGAAAGACUCCAUCAUCCAUAUCCAAUAAAAGUGACCAGAUGAAAGAUGUCCUAGAAGUAGUUGAUUUCGAUGAUGAAGCAACGAUUGGGGAAGUUAGUAGGAUCCCAGAACUUUCAACGCUGUAUACACUUGAAAUAGUAUCAAAGGCAAUUGAUAUUUCCCUAGCAAAAGAAAUAAAAAAUCUUUUGUUUGGCUCAAGCCUUUGUUGCUUCAGUGAAGAAUGGAAAAUACAGAACUUUACAUUUAACAGUAUACCACAGCUAAAAUACGGCAUCGUUCAAAAAAAGGGCGGCCCAUGUGGAGUAUUGGCCGCAGUUCAAGCCUGUGUCCUGCAACAACUUCUCUUUGGAGACAGUAACAGAAAUAGCCAUGUGCGGUGUCUGCAGCCUUCAGACGCUCAUAGGACCAAAUGCCUGACUCUGGCUAUUGUAGAUAUUUUAUGGCGUGCAGGGGGCAAUGAAAAAGCUGUGGUUGCACUGUCUUCAGGAAGGCAGCAGUUCACUCCAGCAGGAAAAUACAAAGCAGAUGGAAUCUUCGAAACACUAAUACUACAUAGUGUCACAAAAUAUGAAGAUCUGACCAUUUUUCUUCAGCAGAAUAUUCAUCAGUUUGAAACUGGUCCAUUUGGGUGCAUUCUUCUUACCCUGUCGGUUAUCUUUACAAGAUCUAUCGACCUGGUGCGCAAUGAUUUUGAUGUGCUCACAAACCGACUGAUUGGCACCCACGGAUACUGCACACAAGAACUUGUGAACUUGCUGCUGACUGGUAAGGCUGUGUCCAACGUGUUCAAUGAUGUAAUAGAGCUGGACUCUGGAAAUGGAAAUAUCACAGUUUUGAAAGGAAUCACUAACCGCAGUGAUAUCGGCGUGCUGUCUCUUUUUGAGCACUAUGAUGUUUGCCAGGUUGGCUGCUAUUUGAAGACCCCGAGGUACCCAAUUUGGGUCGUGUGCAGUGAAAGCCAUUUCAGUGUGCUUUUUUGCUUGAGAAAGGACUUACUAGGUGACUGGAAAACGGAACGGAGAUUUGAUCUCUAUUACUAUGAUGGCCUGGCCAACCAGGAAGAGGAAAUACGGUUAACAGUUGAUACAGUUCAGCCUUACACUGAAGAUAAAGAAAAUGACCUUAUUCCUCCACUUGAGCACUGUAUUAGGACAAAGUGGAAAGGAGCCGUUAUUGACUGGAAUGGCACAGAACCCAUCUUGUGA